AUGAAAGGGUUUCCUCUUGCAAGUGUUAAUCAAGAACUGGAUAAGAUAAAGAAGAGGAGAGAAGUGUGGCUCGUUGUCAAUGAUGUUCCCAUCCGUUAUGGGCUGAGAGAACACGCAUUGAUAUCAUGCCUAAACUGCCGCAACUAUCCUCUCGGAUACAAGGAUUUUGGUGAUAAGAAGUUUGUGAGGCGUCAUUUCAAGAACGGUGAAUUAAUAAGGUUGGAGGAUGUGAAAGCGAAGCUGUUGGCAAUGGGAGGCCAUAGAGACAGGCUGAAGAUGAUGGUUCUGUUCUUUUUAGAAAGUGUUGUUUGUGCCCAAAUGAAAGUCGGUCCUGGAGCCAAUGAUGUAUUGGAUUUUUUCCAAAGAGAUAUGGAUGAUCUUGGAUACUGCAAGACCUUUCCAUGGGAGAGAUACUCCUUUGAUUAUAUGGUUAAGGAGAUCUCUCACACAAUAGAUCAUUUUGGAGGAUUGGUGAAAGAGAAGACGCUAUGGCCACUUCCGGGUUUCUGUUUUCCGCUAGAGCGUCUUGCUUUCGAGGCAAUACCUCAACUGGGAUUGAGGUUUACAGAAUCUGUUGAAGGAGCUGAUCCAGAAUGUCCAAGGAUGUGCCAGUCAAAGUUCAAAAAACAGAAAUGA